GCUGCCGGGGCUGCAGAAAAGGAUGGCUAGGGCUCCACGCUGAGGCAAAGAAGGGUGGGCUGUGCCGAAGCUGGAGCCCGAGCCGGAGCCCGAGCUGGAGCUAGGGCCGGAGCCGGAUUCCAAGCGCUACCAUGUCCACCCAGAGGCUUCGGAACGAAGACUACCACGACUACAGCUCCACGGAUGUGAGCCCUGAGGAGAGCCCGUCGGAAGGCCUGAGCAACUUCUCCCCUGGCUCCUACCAGCGUUUUGGGGAAAGCAGCAGCACAACAUGGUUCCAGACCUUGAUCCACCUGUUAAAAGGCAACAUUGGCACAGGACUCCUGGGGCUGCCUUUGGCAGUGAAAAAUGCAGGCCUCUUGAUGGGUCCCCUCAGCCUGCUGGUGAUAGGCAUUGUGGCCGUACACUGCAUGGGUAUCCUGGUGAAAUGUGCUCACCACUUCUGCCGCAGGCUGAACAAACCCUUUGUGGACUAUGGGGACACUGUGAUGUAUGGUCUAGAAUCCAGCCCCAGCUCCUGGCUCCGGAACCACGCUCACUGGGGAAGGCACAUCGUGGACUUCUUCCUGAUUGUCACUCAGCUGGGAUUCUGCUGUGUCUAUUUUGUGUUUCUUGCUGAGAACUUUAAACAGGUGAUAGAAGCAGCCAACGGGACCACCACCAACUGCCAUGACAAUGAGACGGUGAUUCUGACGCCCACCAUGGACUCCAGACUCUACAUGCUCACCUUCCUGCCCUUCCUGGUGCUGCUGGUCUUCAUCAGGAACCUCCGUGUCCUGUCCAUCUUCUCCCUGUUGGCCAACAUCAGCAUGCUGGUCAGCCUGAUCAUGAUCUACCAGUACAUUGUUCAGAAAAUCCCUGACCCCAGAAACCUCCCCUUGGUGGCAUCCUGGAAAACCUACCCUCUCUUCUUUGGCACGGCCAUCUUUGCAUUUGAAGGCAUCGGAAUGGUGCUGCCCCUUGAAAACAAAAUGAAGGAUCCUCAGAAAUUUCCACUCAUCCUAUACUUGGGGAUGGGCAUCGUCACUGGCCUCUACAUCACCCUGGGAUGCCUCGGGUACCUGCAAUUUGGAGCUGAUAUCCAAGGCAGCAUCACCCUCAACCUGCCCAACUGCUGGUUGUACCAGUCUGUUAAGCUGCUCUACUCCAUUGGCAUCUUCUUCACCUACGCGCUCCAGUUCUACGUCCCGGCUGAGAUCAUCAUCCCCUUCUUUGUGUCCCGAGCGCCUGAGCACUGCGAGUUGGUGGUGGACCUGUUCGUGCGCACGGUGAUGGUCUGCCUGACGUGCAUCUUGGCCAUCCUCGUCCCCCGCCUGGACCUGGUCAUCUCCCUGGUGGGCUCCGUGAGCAGCAGCGCCCUGGCCCUCAUCAUCCCCCCGUUGCUGGAGAUCACCACCUACUACUCAGAGGGCAUGAACCCCCUCACCAUCGCCAAGGAUGCCCUCAUCAGCAUCCUGGGCUUUGUGGGCUUUGUGGCGGGGACUUACCAGGCCCUUAGUGAGCUGAUCCAGCCAAGCAGUGCUCCCAUCUCCAUCAACUCCACCAGUGCCUCUGUAUAGUGAUCUGGGUGCCUUCUCUGCACCUGCCUACCCCCCCACCCCUGUGUGUGCCCCCAGUAACUGUCCCCAGAGCCUUGAUGUGGUCAGCCUCUGGGAAAUGCAGGCUCUGUCUGGGUACCCUUCUACGUGGCAUCUGGGUGCCCUGGCCUGGGUAAGACUGGGGGUGGGGGCGGGGCAGGGAGACACCUGGGAGGUGCACUAGUGACAGCUCUAUGACAGCUCAUUUGUACCUAUUUUAACCCGGAACUUUCAGUUCUUCCCCUCCUCAUGCCCUCGCUCUUAGAACCUCGCCCAGAUUCUCCCCGUUGCACAGCUCACUUUAACAAUUUUAGUACCCCGUACCUGCUGUUUCCUCCUGUCCCAGGCCAGACCCAGAUUCAGUAAGUGGGAGCCUCCCCUCUUUAUAAAGCCAGGCCUCUUUCUAAUCUCUUUCCUAAAAUCAUACCUCAGUAUUCUACCUAUUUAAGUCUCCAGGGGGUAUCUGGAUCUACCUAGUGCUUCUAAGCCAGACCCCACACUGGAGGGUUUUUAAUCUUUUCCCUCUCUGGCUUGCUGGGACCCUGGGGCCACACCUUCUCUGAGUUCUUCCACACAGGUCACAACACUAUAUUCUUCAUUGCUUUCACUCUUAAAAGAUACGCAGUGCUGUAGAAAUGGACAGUAUCUAUAUUUUAUUUAAGAUGAGGGUUUUUAAGAUCUGACUCCGGAUCUGGGGUUAUUAGGAGGAAUUGUUUCUUCUUCAAUUGUUUCUUGAGUCAGCUCCUCCUGCUGAAAAGAAACUUGCUUUGGGAAAUGUCUGUUGAGGUGCUCAGCACACCCUUGGCGGAGCACCCCGAGGAGUUUAAAGCAGGAUCGCCUGCACGUGUACCUCCGUGGGGAGGCACGGGUUUUCCUCCCAUUGGUCAGCUUGGUCUCGUGCUGAACACAAGAGUGUUAGGGAAAUACUCAGGCGUGCUCUGGGCCCAAGGCAUGCGUGGCCAAGUGGAGGAGGGUUUGGUCAAGGGAGGCUUAUCUGUGGUUGCUUAGUGCAUCUUGGCCCCCCUUUUAAUCUCAUCCCCUGACAAGACAAAGAGAUGGCAGUGCUCACUUGCCAUCCUCUGGCGAAGACACCCACUCUGUCGCCAUGGGUGGGAGGCUGCGGUCAGUGUGCACAAAGUCAGCUGUGAAGUUCGUAGAAUUUAGGCAGAUGAUCUGACACUAUGCAUGGUGCUUGGUUUUUUUAUAAUCACGGGGGGAGGGCAGAAGCAGUGCCUCACCCCAGCAGCCUCCGUGCCCUGGACCUUGAAAGGAACCAAUGAACACUAACUGUUGCCCCUGUCCUUUCCCAGGCAUCCUGAGCAGCCUCAAAGUCAGCCUGCAGAUUAGGGAGCAACUUGGGAGGGCAGAGAGAGAUGGGUUACCCCACUCUGAGCUGCCACUUCCUUCCUAUUGGUGUGUGAAGUAUUUCAGAUGGGCAUUUGUUAACUACCCAGCUCUUCCACUGUGUGUGUGUGUAUGUGUGUGUGUGUGUGUGUGUGUGUGUGUACACAGUAGCUUCUGUGUCUCCUGCAUUCCUGUUGCCAGGCCCUUGCUUACCUAGAGAUGAUUUGGCUUGAAAGUUGGUUAAGGGAAAACAGCAAGAAUUUAUCAGGGAUUUGCUUUUGUGUUUCACCAAAGCCCGUCAGAGCUGCGACCCCCCCGCCCCCCAGCCCAGCUUUUUCUUUCUCUUCUGUUCCAAAGCCAACCGAGCUGAUAAGGCCUGACCUUCUUGGUAGGGCGAUGGGAAGAGUGGACCCUCUCAUGUCCCAGCCUACCUUCUGAUGACUUAGGAAGAUGUCACCUUUGUUUACUUAUUCUCCCUUAGGAGAAUGACACUUUUUAACCCACCCUUGCUGCUCUUUGGUCGUCUCUAACAGGUGCUUAUGUGACCAAGGUCCCAGACGGGAUUAGCAGAGGCACUGCCCUCUGAUGUCUCAGGUCUCUAGAAGUUACCAAAGUGGGCUCAGAAACUGUCACUUCCUGUUCCCGAACUUGGGCUCUGGCAGCCCAACUGUCAGUCCCCCCCCACCCCCCAUCUUCCUGUAGCUGUCCUGAGCGUUGCUUUCAGUGGACAGGUACACGCCAGUGAAGGGGCCAGACUUUGUGUCCUGCCCAUAACUUCCUCAUUGGAGGCCUCUGUAUGCUCAGAGCUGCUAGAAGCAACCCUGCCCAGGACAUUGCUGCAGUUGGGACUGUGAUGCUGGGACCUGAGAGCAGGACCGAGGGUACUGAGGUCCUCCAGCUCCAGCUCGUAGCAACAUGUGAGCUGUUGAUUCAAGGCCCCUGGCCUAGAGAGUGUGGCGAGCAGGAGAGCUGGCCUUAGUGUGUAGGGAUAUGGGAGCUCAUUUGGCAUGGCCUGUGCCUGCUUCAUCUCUUUCUUGUGCCCCUGUUGCUUUGACAACCUGACUGCAUGGCUAUUUCAGAAAACCCAGGCAAGGUGACCCAGUCAGGGCCUUCCUCGAUGUGCAGUUGCUCAGCUUAUGGGCAAGGAGGAAAGCCAGGUGGUGGGUUGGGGGAAGCCCUUCCUCCUGUGCUGCAAGGAGCCCUGGACCAGCUGAGAAGCUCCUCUGCUGCCCACAGUGCUUGCCGAGUCAGAGCCCUUUCUGUGUCUUCCCAUGCUGGCUAUGAGCCGGCUUCCCAGCUGUUCACUGUGCUCUGUGCCCCUCAGGAGUGCACCCAGUUAAGUAGAAAACUGAUCACACAGCCGUGGUUUUCCCGAGUGUGAGCGUGCAUGCUGGACAUACCAAAAGCAAACCGUGGGGUUUCUGUUCCUACUGCCGUCUCUUUGGUUCAUCCCCAGAUUUCCAGGAGCCUACAGGUAGCUUUCUCAGAAUCCUCUAAAAUGCUGCUGUUGGGCACAGGAUUACAGCUCCCGGUGGGCAGUGUCCUCCCCCAUAAAUGCAGGCACUUGGUGGGAGCAGUGUAACCUGGCAUUGGCUGUUCACUCCGCCCAGGCGUUAUCACCAUUCACAAGUGGCAUUAUUUACGUCAUGCUGCUAUCCAGCUGCUAGGAGCCCUUCCCCUGCACAAGCCCUGGCCAGAUGUGUGACUUGGACGCAUGACUUAGCUUAGACCCGCCCUCUCCUGUCUCACCUCUCCAGCCAAACCCGUUGGCAGGUGCCUGCUGCUCACUCUCUCUACCCCUGGGAAAGGUAAUAAUGUCAGUGUGACAAGUAGUAACAAUCAUUAGAAAAAUCAUUUCCUCUCCCUAUUCUCCUCUUACUUUCUGCUUCUCAAACUUGUCUCUCCUCCAGUAUCAUCAAUGUCUCACACUACACAUCCUCACCUUUCUCGGAAGUGAAGCGUCUCCCUUUUGUCUGUUUCAGUGGUCUCUAGUCUGUGUGCCUGGCAAGGGCUCUGUACCUGUGGUUUUCUUGCAUGGCAGACCUCAGUGUCUCCCCCGGCGGGAAUCAGCGCUGCUUUGUCCAACAGGAGACCGACAGUAUGAGAUGGCAGGAUGUGGUGAUCACGAGGGCGGCUUCAAGUCAGCCUUAGAAUUUAAUUUUCCAAAGUACAUUACAAAUCUCUGAGACCAUUAGAGGAAAAUAAUGCAAUGUGGGUUGCUUUGAGAAUCAUGGUCAAUACUUCAAAGACAAUUAGUCCGGCUGGCUGUCUGCUCGGGCAGCCUCAGCCUCCACCUCUGAGGGUACUUCCUUUUCCUUCAAACCACUGAGUCAUUCCUGGCCAGAGGACAUAAAUGGUGAUGAUACUGAGUUAUCAGACGACAGGAGGUGCAAAACAGUGGAAGGUACCUGCUGUUAGGUGUGUUCUGUGGUGUAAAUCAAGGUGAUGCCGGGAAAGCAAUUUUCUUUUGAUGAACAAUGAAAUCAGGUGACUGUUGUAAACUAAGCUGAUGGACGUAUGAACACGAGGAAUAAGAGAACUACCACACACAACGUCUGGAUGACAGACAGAACUGCAUCUGUGCCUACAGAGAUGUCUUUCCGCCGUGGUAUGUGUAGAGAUAUGAAUUUUGCCAGAAUGUGUAGAAGAUCUUGUUUUGGAUUGCACACAUAGAUUAUGUGUUGAACUUUUUCUUUUCAAUAAAUGAAUUGUAUUUUUUAUUUUUGA